UCUAUCCGUACAUACAGUAAUCUUUGCACGAAGCAUGUCUUCCUCUUCUUCGCAGAAGGCUUGCAUUCAAGAAAUCAUCGACACCGCACAGGACGCGGAGAACGAGGAGGAACAGUCUGGCUCUGAGUCUGAGGAUCGAGUCAAGGACACAGAUGUACCACAGACGCUCCAAGCUUCGUCGUCGCAGCGUAAAAAAAAGAAGAAAAAGUCAAAGGCUGUCAAAGCUUUGAACGCUAUCAGAAACAGCUUUUCAAGUGAUAAUAACCAAGUUCCGCAAGCCCUUGUGGAUGCCGUGCUUGGCCAGGUGAAGGCUGCGCAUGGAGAGGACGGGCCCGGGCACGUUGCGGACGACGACAACGUCAGACAGGCUUUAGAGCAGAUGAAAAUCAUGGACAUGGUCAAAGGAAAAGCA